AUGUUUUCAAUAUAUUUUCUUAUUUUCUCUAUUCUAUUCCUUUCCGGGACAAUCGAUUCUACUUUGAAAGUAAAUAAGAUCCCAGUGGAUACUGUAGAUAUAACUGGUUUCACAAAGUGCUCUCUCACAACGAAAUGGUUCAAAAAACAAUUGGCUCCGUUUUUAGAAGAAUUUAAGACAAUUCCAAGUAGACUGAAUAUUACUUAUCAUCCAUUAUCGAUUGGAUCGAAGAUUGUGAAUGGAUCGAAAAUAGCUGUUUGUGAGAAUGGAGAACUGGAAUGUAAACUGAACAAGUUACAAUGCUGUUCCAAGAAAUACAUGAAUUCUUCCGAUCCCAUAAACCUACUGAAAACUUUGGAAUGUAUUCAGGGAAGUAAUUUGGAGACAGCAAUUGCGUGCUUGCCUGAAGCAAAUUCCAAAAACCUAAUAGAGAAAUGUUCGGAUACUGAUGAAGGAGAACAACUGCUUAUCUCAGAACCGUUUCCUCAUAAUGCUUCUAUUGUUCUUCCUUGGAUCAAAAUCAAUGGAGUUAGAAGUUUCGAGGCAACCAAAAACUUCAAAAAAGUCAUUUGCGAAUUGAAUUCGGCAAAAGAUGCAAAACCAUGCUUAAAAAUUUGA